AUAACAACUGGUCGUAUUUUGGAACAGUCUAUCGGCCGAUCUCUUUCCAACCGCUAGGCUGUAGUGUGUGCUCCCGACUUUAUCUACUCCACAGGUUUCUUAUCUUGAUCAAGUCAUAUCUACAAAUAUGACGACUAAAAUAAGUGACGCCGAAGUAAAGGCGAUAGCUGUGGAUGUGGUUCGUAAAUUCACAUCCCUGUAUAAUGUUGGUAAAUUAAGACAACUAGUUGAGUUAUAUACCACGGACUGUAAGCAGAUGGCACCUGGCAAUGAGGUUAAACAUGGAAGAGAAGGGGCUAUGGAGGGACUUGUCCGUAUGCGGAAAUACGUUGCUUCUUACCACCCUCAUGAACCAGAUCGGUAUGGAACCAUUAAAAAUAACGAAUUGUACUAUGCCUCCGCUGGAUUCACGUGCUAUAAUGCUGAUGGCGAACCACUGUACCCUGGGAAAGUAGUCAUCCUGAUAAAGAAAGUAGACGGAGAGUAUCUGAUUUACACCGAUUGCUUCAACUACAAUACGACUCCCACAAAAUAAAUAAAUUGUUUUCAAGCGUGGGAAAAUGAAACUAGAAUGCUUGUAGUUGCUGGACUUACAUUGCUCCUGAAUUUAUUACGUCGUCUAAUAAUUUGCUAUUUUAGACAUUGGGACAAGCAUUAGUAUCCAGAGACUAAAGAAUUUUACAAAAAAUUCAGUAAAUGUUAUGCAAAACAAGAAAGUAAUGACAUAGAAUGCGUAGAAUGUGUUAUGUAAUUAUUGUUUUUAUUUCUAAUGAUGCAAAAUUGUAACUCAUUGUAAUUGUCAUUUUGUCAAUAAAUUCCAUAAGAUAAAACUAUAUAUAAA